UCAGUUAAUGAACUAGUAACUGUCAAAGAUCACAAUUUCCCAACUGGUUCAAAAAUGAAACUCAUACCUUCUGUUUAUUUAGUCAUUAAUUUAGCUGAUUCAAGUAAUACCCUUCGUACUGGUCGGCUUUUCAUAUUUAUUAGGCCAGAAUAUUUCAUUGGAACUUCAUCAACAACCCAUAUAGUAGAUUUAGAAAGUAUUUUUUCGAAUGAAGAGUUUUCCACUACCCUAAAGAAAAAAGGCAAAGUUAGACCUAUUUGGAUUCUUCUUGUUGAUGGUGGACCUGAUGAAAACCCGAA